AUGACUUCUGUUCUACGGCCUGAUAUGAAGACUGUCAAGGACGCUGUUGCCAGUCGCGUUGCCAUUGUUACUGGCGCAGCAAGAGGCAUUGGAUUCGCAACCGCUUCUCUCCUUGCCCAAAACGGAGCACGAGUAGUCCUGGUCGAUUUGCGCGAAGACGACUUGAAGCAGGCGUGUGAACAAGUUGGAUUUCAAUCUACCUACCACGUAUGCGACGUGAGUGACUGGGAUCAGCAAGUCGCCCUUUUUGAUCGAGUCGAAUCCACUAUCGGGCCCAUUGACCUCCUUGUCUGUAAUGCCGCCAUCAAUCCUGAGAUUACACUUUUGCAAAUGUCCGACUCGGUGGAGCAUGCGGAAAUGGAUAGCCAGGUCCGCUACAACUACCUGGCCGACGAAAACAACAGAGAUGAUUCCGCACUCCGACGCCCAUCAACUCAGCUGUUUGACAUCAAUGUGAAUUCGGUCAUUUUCGGCCUUAAACUUGGCAUUCAUCACAUGAAACAAAAUGGAGGAGGUCGCAUUGUGGUGGUCGGAUCAGCUGGCUCUUAUGUGCCCAUCUCUUCGCAGCCGCUCUACGCGGCUAGUAAGCACGCCGUGUUGGGAUUGGUCCGCAGCACAGCGCAGAUCGAGGGGGUGAUAAAAGCGGGAAUUUCGAUUUCUUGGAUUGCGCCCUGGUUGACUUUGACCUCCAUGGUAGAGGGUCUGGAAGCAACAAAACAACCUAAUACCCUGAAGAGCUCUCCGGACGAUGUUGCGUGGGCGAUAGUGGCUGCGGCUGCGGCCGAGAGCCCAAAUGGCAAGGGUUAUUGGGUGCAAGGAACCGCCAUUAGUGAGGUGGAAGGGGCGUAUUGGGAGGUUGCAGGCCGAUUGAUCAGUCCGGAGAAUCGGUUCUAG